CCGUGAAAGGAAAUGGACAGCUGACAGUCGACGAACGUGUCUCGACCCGUUUUCGAGAAGGUUUCACUUUCACCAUUCAUUUCUAGUCUACCUAUACUGGACGGUCGAUCUUCUUCGUGAAUCAUCCUUUGCUUAUCCUUGAUAUUAUUUUUUAGUCAAAUAGUUAAAAAACAAAAACAAAAUUAUUUUCAUUUCAAAGGAUCCAUCGACAUGUCUUCGAAUCAUAAACAUACAGAUUGUGAUUUAGAUUUACUCAAUUCUGGACGAGGCGUAUGGCUUGUGAAGGUUCCCAAAUAUAUUUCAAAUAGAUGGGAGAAAGCACCAGGAAAUGUAGAAGUAGGAAAGCUUAAAAUAUCGCGUCAUUCAGGACAUAGGUCACAAGUAUCUUUGUCUUUGUCUGAUGCAGUUUUGAACCUAAAACAACCAGGAGAACAGCCCAUUCCUAAAGACCAUAGACUCGAUGUGUCUUUGGUUACCAGACAGACUCUCGGUGUAUUUUCUCACUAUAAUCCUAAAGGAAAGGAUCCCGAUUCAGUCAUACCUGAUAAUGAAAAAUUAAGUUUAGAGGGGAAAAUUGUUCAAAAGUUGGAGUGUCGUCCAUAUGCUGAUAAUUGUUAUAUGAAGCUCAAAUUAGAGUCAAUUAGAAAAGCAUCAGUUCCUACUAGACAAGUUAAGCAGCUAGACAAAGUAGUGCAAAACUUCAAACCAGUAUCUGAUCACAAACAUAAUAUUGAAUACGAGGAAAGAAAGAAAUCAGAAGGCAAGAAGGCUAGAGAUGACAAAGAGGUUGUUCUAGAAAUGAUAUUUGCAGCAUUUGAGAAACAUCAAUAUUAUAACAUAAAAGAUUUAGUAACUAAAACUAAGCAACCGGUGGUUUAUCUUAAAGAAAUUUUGAAAGAAGUGUGUAAUUAUAACCUUAAAAACCCGCAUAAAAAUAUGUGGGAGCUAAAACCAGAGUAUCGCCAUUACAAGGAACCUUCUAAUGAGCCAUCCACUUCUUGAAUGUCCUUUUGUUAAAAUAAAAAAGACUGUGAAAUUACUUACUUUUUUCUUAAUAAAUUGUUUCGUUCAUUAACAAUGUUCUUUAUUUAAAUUAUAAAGUUUUUUUUUUUUAAACGUAAGAAGCUGAGAGCCAGAGGUAACUAUCCUCAUGAGCUGUGAUUUUGAGAAUAACGCUUUAAAAAAUGUUUUAAUUUACCUUAUAGUUUUCUAUGUCAUAAUUUUGGUUCAAGGUCCAUAUGUUUAU